AUGGCGUCGUUCAAAACAAGAGUGGAACAGCUCCUCCGAGAAGAUGCCGCUAGGAGCGCGCUGCUUGAGGAGAUGCUGGCCGAGUUGGAGUCACUCACUUCUCAGCAUGAUGCCGUUAAAAGAGAACUGGCUAUGUCGCAGGACACUGCACGUACUUAUUAUGAAAAGAUGGUGCAAGCCCAGACCGAAGCCAGCAAGCGCUCAGACCCAGCCCUGGAAGGUGACCGUUUCGUCUUAGUCCUUGUCGAUGCAGACAGUGUGCCGUUCCUCGACGACCUGGUUGCGAAGGGCAAGUCAGGUGGUGAUGAUGCCGGCAAACACCUUCGAAUCGCCGUUGAAGCGUACCACAGAUCAAAUCCAAACUAUCAUCCCGAUGACCGCAUCAUCAUCCGCGCCUUUGCCAAUACCUUGGGCUCAGGAAGGACCUACAAGGCAGCCCGUGUCAUUCCAGAUGAGACCGUCUUCAAUGAAUUCGUCGCUGGCUUCAACAGAAGUCAUCCUCUCUCGGAACUCAUCAAUGCUGGCAAUCACAAAGAAGCGGCGGAUGCCAAGAUGAAAGCAAACUUUGAACUUUUCUGCAGAAAUCGGCAUUGCCAACACAUCCUCUUUGCUGGGUCUGCCGACAGCGGCUAUGCCGGGUUCCUCGGUCCCUAUUCAUCACCGAAUGGUGUCAACGAGAAGAUCACGCUGAUCGAAGGGCCCCCUUUCCCCUUCGAUCUCAAGAGAGUUGCUAGAGGUUUUCAACACACGACUUUCCCGACCGUUUUCAGAUCCUCCAAAAUCCAUGUUUCUCCCAGCACGCCAUCGGCGACCAUGAGAACGAAAAGGGCUGGUCCAGAGCUCACUUCCAACCGAGAGCGACCGACCCUGGUAGUAGCCGGCACGGGAUCCAACACUCCAUCUACUCCCCGACAAUCAGCUACGCCUUUCCUUUCACUCGUGGCGCCGGCCCCGCUGGUCUAUCAGAACAAAUUUGGUCAGCGAAUUGACCCGCCGCUCAACAUCGAUAAAGAUUACCUACAAUUUCUGUACCAGCACCUCAAAUUAUGCAACAACUUCUAUCUUAAAGGCUAUUGCCCAUAUGGUUCCAACUGCGAGUUCGACCAUUCGAAGGCUUUGACUUCGGUAGAACUCGAUACGUUCAGAUACAAGGCGAGGACUUCUAGCUGUCGGACGUCGUUCUGCCAGGAUCCUACAUGCUGUCUCGGCCAUACCUGUCCCCGUGGAGAAAAUUGCACCAUCAGCAUGUGCAAAUUUGCACCCGAGAUGCAUAACCCGGAUGUCAGCGACUUGUAUCAGUUCGAUCCGGCCACGAACCAAAGACAGCACAUAACGAUGCCUGUCUAG